AUUGAAUAUUUCACGUUCACACAUCAUAUUCGUCUAUAGUCUAUACGACAUCCACGAAAACAUAACGUUAUAUUAUUUGAUCUAUGACAGGUAAUAAUAUGACGUACACUCGUUGAUACACAAUAUCGUCUGUUGACCGUGACUUUUUUUUUAAAUUGGAUCGGCGGUUACGAUCAGUAGUGGUUCGGUGACCGCGGGGACUCGUGAUUAAGUGUUCCGCUCGUCGCCGAUACCCAACGUAACGAGGCACGAGGACAGCAAUAGCUAAAGCCGUACCUACGCGAAUAAUACGACGAUCGGACGCGGCCUCUGCUGGAGUAGCCCAGCUACGUAUAACCACCGUCAAACGGAUCGCCCGGCACAUUAAAUCGCAUGUUUUUAAAACAAUAUGUAGUUUUAUCUUAUCACUGGCCGAAUUAACAAUAUAUAAUACUACCUAUAUCGAUUUGAAAGAGGGGAAUAAGUGGUCGGCGAGAUCAGAAGCUAAUAUAUUUCUUGUUUAUGAUUAGAAAUUGAAUCACGGCAUCACAUGCGUUUCACCUUCUACGUCGUGCGUAGUGUGUCGUUAAACGCAUAGUAGACAUGCAAUUCAUUUUGUAACAUGAUGAUCGCUUCUCAAUCACCGGAAAUGUCUACUAUUCCUCACUUGCCCAUUUUUGUUGAAGACAACAGUAUCGAAAACGGUUCUCGAAUAAUAUUAAAAUUGAUAAGACCAGACUGGAAUUUGGAAAAAAUUCGAUUUAAGUUGUUCACAGAUGGUAUUACUAACAAGUUGGUUGGUUUGUUCGACGAUUCGCGUCCAGAAGAUAAUGGAGUGCUGGUACGUGUCUACGGAAAAAAUACGGAACAGAUCAUCGACAGAAAAGCAGAAUUUGAAAACUUUAAGCUUUUGUAUCGUGCUGGACUUGCACCUGACUUAUAUGCAACGUUCGAUAAUGGCAUGGUGUACAAAUACAUUAAAGGGGAAACGUUGACCACUUCUACAGUUCGGGACCCGAGCGUUUACAGGCUAGUAGCCAAAACAAUGGCGAGAUUUCACCGCUUAAGUACAAAUUGCAUAAGUGCAGAAGACGGAACGAUCAAAUCCCAACUUUGGAGUAAAAUGGAACAGUUUAUCAAUCUCAUUCCGAAGCGUUUUAGUUCUCCUGCCAAAGACCUCUUAUUCCGAAAGACAUUCCCCCAAGGCAUCGAGAAUCUGCGGGCUGAUAUUGGAAUUCUGAAAACAUUGCUGGACAAUAUCGGAAGUCCAGUCGUGUUCUGUCACAACGAUCUGCUGUUGAGCAACAUACUUUUGCAGCGUGAUAACGCAGCGAAUGGUCAUCCCGUCAGCAUAACAUUUAUCGAUUAUGAGUACGGAAUGGUCAACAAUCAGGCGUUUGACAUAGCUAAUCAUUUUAUUGAAUUUGCUGGUGUUCAAGAACCGGACUUUUCAUUGUAUCCAGAUGUUGAUUUACAAAUGGACUGGCUGAAAUCGUACUUAGAAGAAUACACCGGUGAAUCUUUGGACCAAAAUGAUCAAAGGGUUGCUGUGCUUAAACACCAAGUGGACAUGUUUACAAUGGCGUCGCAUUUGUUGUGGCUAUUCUGGUCACUUGUACAAGCCGAAUUAUCGGUGAUCAAUUUCGAUUAUUUAAAGUAUGCAGAAAUGAGAUUAGAACAAUACAAAAAAGCAAAAAAUUUACACAUAAAAUGAAUAUUUUGUUCCAUUCCAAAAAUAAUUCCAUUAUUUAAUAACACUUCACUUUAACUUGUUUCUUUCUAUCUUAAUAUAUGACUAAGACAUGUUAAAAUAUAGACUUAAGCUUCGUCUAUAAAUAUUAAAUUAUAGGCAAUAAGCUUUGUUUUAAUUUAAAUACAAUGCCUCUGUAAAUCAAAAACGCGAUUCACCUAUGCUGCUGCCAAAUUUAUUCGUCAUCGAAAUAUUAUAUUAUAGUACUAAACACAACUUUGUUAAAAUAUAUAUUGUAUAUUGUGUAUAUAAUCACACAAAUACAACUAAUGUGUUAGCAGUAAAAUAAUCAACAUCUUAUUAUAAUCAGUAUAUAAAUAUAUCAAA